AUGGUUGCUGCGGCUUCUUGCUUCCCCCCCAAGGCUCCGCCCUCUGUUUUCCUGUCCCCCAAUCCGCAAUCUUUCCCGGGGGCCGGCUCCUCCCAGCCCGCCCGGCGCUCGGAUCAGAUGCUCAGGCAGAAGAAGUCCAGCCCAGAUCGAGUCGUCCUGAUCUUUUGCCCGAGAUUAGGCCGCUUCAGCCUUCCUGGAAGAAGCCAGGGGGACUGCGCUCGUGAGCGUCACGCGUGCGGGGUCACCGAAUGGGCCCCUGAGAAAAUCCAGGAGCCCCCAGUCGAUCUCUCCAAAGUGAUGAUCAAGUUUAACAAGGACCACCUGGAGGAGUUCAAGGUGGCCUUCAAGCUGUUUAACUGAGUGGGGGCUGGCAAGAUCCUGUACAGCCAGUUUGGGGACAUGAUGCGGGCCCUGGGCCAGAACCCCACCAAUGCCAAGGUGCUCAAGUUCCUUGAGAACCCCAAGAGUGAUGAGCUGAAGUCCCAGCAUGUGGACUUCGAGACUUUCCUGCUCAUGCUCCAGGUGACAGCCAAGAACCGGAACCAAGGCACAUAUGAGGACUACUUGGAGGGGCUUCAGGUGUUUGACAAGGAGGGGAAUAGCAAAGUCACGGGAGCAGACGCCGAAUCCCCUAGGCGACCCCGCGCUGGCUGGGGGCACUCUUUUUUCAGCCAAAGGCACGUUCCAUUACCGCCCCUCAGGGGCGCGCCAGGCAGCGGGCCGGCCGAGCUGCCACCGCCCAGGGCGCCCUGUCCGGUUAACUUCAAUGCCGACCUGGAAACUCAUUCCGUGGUGCUCUAG